CGGAAAAAACAGCGGGCUUGUUUGAAACUGAGAGGUAGAAGACGCCUCGGUAGUCAUUGACAACCGUGUGAUUCGUACCAGAUAGUUUGUUUUGGUUUUUGUUGAAAAGGCUUUAAAGUGUACUCUACCGUUGAAGCAUGCAGUGACGCACUUGGGUAAAGUGACAAGACGCUGAAGGAUGUCAACAGCAGACAGGGGGACGGAAAACAUCAGUGUUUAUUAUGUGGCUAACGCUAGCUUAGAUAUAUACAGUAGCUGCUAUCUGCCUGGUUAGCGAGCUAUCGAUAAAGUCCCAAAAUGUCCUCUGAAGACGACUCUCGCGUCCUGGUUCUGGAGGAGCAGGUACAGAGUUUAUCAGACGAGUUACUGCAGUGCCAGGCAGACAAGGAGUUUGUGUGGUCCCUAUGGAAACGCCUGCAAGUGGCAAAUCCAGACUUGACCCAGGCUGUCAGCUUGGUGGUUGAGCGCGAGAAGCACAAAGCUGAGAUGAAGGACAGAAAAGUGUUGGAGAUCCUUCAGUCCAAAGACUACAAGAUACAAGAGCUGGAACAGAAAGUGACUGGAUGGCAGCAUGAAAUAAACAACUUGUUACAGAGGAGGACGACAGCAGACGAGGAGAAUGACUUAAUGAAGAAGGAGCUGACGACUUUACGUGAAAAACUGGCCAUAAAGAGUCAAGAGGAUCAGGAAAUUAAGACGGAGAGUAGGAGGAAAGAGGAGGAGGAUCGGCAGGUGGUGCAGGCUCUAGAGGAGGAGAAAGAGGGAUUAACUUCCCGCUGCGGCGCCCUGCAAGCUGACCUGGAGGAGAAAGAGAGGCAGGCCAACAGCCAGCGAGAACAGAGGGAGGCUGCCCAGGCCAGAGUCAGGGAGUUGGAGGAGAAGCUACACAAUGCCUGGCAAGAGUUGUCCAGUCUGCAGAGCCACAGUAGUAGUCUAGCAGCACAGCUAUCUUCCAAAGAGAGGGAGUUAGCAGCAAAAGAGGGCCCACUCCAUCAACUCCGUCGUGACUAUGCAGAAGUGCAGACCCUGUACAGACAGAGCACUGAGCACGCAGCAGAGCAGAGCCAUCUGAUCAAGCAACUGGAGGGACUCAACCUCGACACACAGAAAGUCCUGAGGAACCAAGAGGAGGCCCAUACUGCUGACACUACCUGCUAUCAGAGGUUGUAUAAGGAGUUGAGUCAGUGCUACCAGGCCCUCACAUCGAGCGAGGCCAGCCUCCGUCAGAGUCACCAGGAGCUCAGCAGCCUUCUGGCUCAGAAAGACCAACAUAUCCUGCAACUCCAGGCCCAGCUACAACAGCAGCAGAAGGAACAAAUACAACAACAGCAACAUGCUCAGCACACAGUUCUUCACUCCUCGCCGAACAGACAAACCAACUUAAAGGCAGUGGUUUCAGAGCAGGUUGAUGGUGCAGCUCAGAGGUGUAGCCCUGAUUCUGAGUGGGGCUCCACUCGAGCCUCCGAUCCCAGGCCAGAGGAUAAGACCCUUCAACGCAGAUCCACCGGUUCUGUCAGAAGACAGCAGGGUGAACCUGUGCAGCGGUCCAGGUCUCUGUCCCCUGCCAGCAGUGUGGAGUUGGGCUGUAGGAGGAAAGGGGGGGCAGAACAGAGGAUUCAAGACCUUGAGGAGCUGCUGCAAUUAAAGAUGCAGGAGAAUGACGAGUUGAGGAGGGCACAUGAUAAACGUCGUGAACGGCUUUGUCUGAUUCAGAGCAACUACAAGACAGUCAGAGACCAACUGAAAGAGAUGGAGAAAUCGGCCGUCCUGCCAGGUGGAAGGAUGCAGCGUGCAGAACCAUGGCAGCUAAGACAAGAGAACAGCGAUUCAGUGUGGAAUGAGCUAGCUUACUUGAAAAACCUCACCAGGAAACUCAACAUUGAAAAAGCUGGCCUGGAGGAGGAGCUGGACAUGCUAAAAGUCCAGGCUGCUAUGGAUCGAGCCACGGUGAAGGAGCUCCACCUGUGUCUUGCUGAGGAACACCAAGAAUUGCUUUGCAAAGUGGUGGAGGAGCGCCAGGUCAAAAGCAGCACUCCGAAAAAGCUUUCUGUUUCUUCAGAGCGAUUGGAACAGUCAUUUAAAAAGAUUGAACAGCUGGAGCAAAGGAUGAUGUCUCUGAAGGAAGAAACAGAGAGACUGAGGGAAGAGAAAGAGCAGCUACUUGAGGCUAAGGAAGACUUGGCUCACGACUGCCGCAGACUCAAAGCCUCACUGGACCAUGUGCGAACCCAGGAAGCUGUCCGUGAAGAGGCAGCCCAGGCCCAGGCUCUUGCUCAGGGAGAGCGGCAUCGCAGCGAGUUCAUGGCCCUAGAAGCCCGGCUCACUGCCUCUCACAAAGAGGCUACCAAGCUUCAUCAUCAGUUGCUGAAGCUGAGACAGGAGUUAGGGAUCCUCAGAGCAGCCAGGGAUUUCUAUAGGAACCGUGCAGCAGGACCUACACGGGCAGGUGGGAGCGUCAGCAACAUUAGCAACAAGGUCAAAUUCAAAACAACAAGACCCAGAGGUCCACUCCAGCAGCGCAGCCACCGUACAGUCAGCCCCAAUCAAGCCAUCAGACGGCAAGGCCGCAGCCCCAGUCCCACUAAGGACGAGUGGGAGGACAUGAGCAUCGAUAGUGACAGCGGUGACGAGUACUCUGACAGUCUGAACAGUGAGCCCUCACACUCCAAACACUCCAUGAGAAAGUCCUACAGGUGUUCACUGAUGUCAAACACAGACGCACCAGCAGCGGGAUCUUACAGGAAACAACCCGAUGUUCUGGCUCAAGACGAUGAACAGCAUGAGCCCUGGGACCGAGGGACGGGAGGAGAGAAGAUGAGGUGGAGGAGGAAGAGGAUGCUAAUGAAGACCCAGCGCUGCUCCUCCUCUUUUCUGCAGCAGCGUAUAGAGUCCCUGCAGCGUCACAUUGACAUACUGCAAAGUGCCAGGAAGGAUGCUGUGCGUUCAGCCAGAGAGCUGCGAAUUGCCAACGAGAAGAUCACGGUGCAGCUCAACUCCCUCACGGAGAAACUGUGCAGCAGCAAGCAGCUCACACAGAAGCUGACCUCUGACUUGGCUGGGAUGGAGCAGCAGAAAAAGGUUCUGGAGAUGGAGCUGGAGCAGUGGAGGAAAAUCCAAUUCCCCCAGCAAUCUGCACCAGCACCAGCACCCCCAGUAAACACGGAGUGCUCCUGCCAGGGCAGGUCCAUGCCCACCACAGCUGAUACAGCCUCCCAGGCGCUUGGGGCGGAAGUGAAACAGCUUCAAACCAAACUAAAGAGUGCAAGUGUGGAGGUCACAAGGCAGGUGGCGGCUAACAAAGCCCUGCGAGGCCAACUCCUGGAGAAGGAGGACAAGCUCCGCCAGCUACAGGACAAGACGAGCCACACAGAGAGAGAUGUGAACAUGAAGAGGCAGCUGGUGGAGGACUUGAAGACGAGACUAAAGGUUCUGCAGGAGAUGGAGAAAAGUUACCGAGGGCAGGUGGAGGAGCUUGAGAAGAAGGUGAAGACUUUAUUAGAAGAGGCCACCAACAGGAAAGCUCUCAUUGAAUCCCUGAAAAGGAGACUGAAUGUUGCAACCACAGAGAAGGGCCAGUAUGAGGCCUCCUGUUCAAAACUGAAGGAGGACCUAGAGAAAAAGGAGCAGCGAAUGCAUGUCUUGCAGGCUCGUUUGGGAGCAAGUGAGCAGGCAUUGGUUGCACUGGAACAGACCGCUACGGAGCAAAUGGAGGGGUUGACCCAGCAGAGCUCCAAUGCUUUGGCCAGGCUUCAGAGACAGCUCAGCCAGACCUACUCCCAUUUGGAGCAGCUUCAUUCUUUUAUCAAGGCCCUGGCCAGUGAAAUACUUUUAGACGUUCAAGAGGUCAAGCAGCAGUUGAUGAAGAGGAGGAGGUCGAGGCAGGCCAACACUGUGGCAGCAAAGAGCAGCCUCUCAGCCAAGUCCAUGAUCAAAGCCAAGUCCAUCGCUGCCUCCAUCCUCAAUAUGUCAGAGAAUGAUCUCGCGGACAUAAUGGACACUGACCAGGCGACAGAGGACCAUUCAGAGAGUCCAGGAGACCAGGAGUGGCUGGAACACCUCAACCACAUCCUCCAGCAGAAGAUCCCUUCUGCCGGCCAGCUAAUGGAGGCUGUGCGCGUGAAGAUGAAGGAGAGGAAAGUGCUGACAGAAGAGCUGGCCACACUCACAACACCAGUCAGCGAAAAAGCCUGACUCCCUGGGCUGAGGCUGGGAAAACUGUCAUCCUCUUCUUUUUUCUCCCUCCCUUCCCCUCUCCCUCCUCGGUUCCCGCUCGGUGGGAGUUGGGCUGAGCCAAGCUGAGCCGGGGCAGCAGAACCAAUAUUUGUGAGAAUAGGGCUGUCGACUCACUCUGGGUCCACUGGCUCAACACAGCAGUCCUGCUUUUGUAAAUGAGCCCUCGACAUCUGUGUUAGCGCUCAGUGCACUAUGUCUAUCAGACAGGGCCCUUUAGCGCCAAGCUAAUUUACAGUGCAGCCACUCUCCCCCACUCUCCACACAGACCUGGGGUGAUAAAGCAAAUGCUUACGCUAAUGUUCAAGUAACAGUUUUUUUUUUCAGCUCUCUUUUACCUUUUUCCUUAAUUUAUUUGGCACCUCAAGGACCUUAGGGUGCAUGGACUUGACCUAGCAAUGCCAAGUCGACACUUUGAGAAAGUGAAGAGUGCAGCACAGAGCAGAGUAUUCACUGUUAGAGGGAAGAUCCAUUUAUCAUACCUUUAUAAAUGACUAAAUAAAGGCGGUUUAAUUUUAUUUAAUGCACUCCCUACUAUUUAUUUGGAAGGAUGUUGUCUUUGUUAGGGAUUUUUUUAAAGAUUUGCUAAUGAUUUUUCUCUGUAAGUAUUUGUUCCUUUUUAAUUUAAGGGGUGAUUAUGUUAAUUAUUCAUGUUUUUCUUUUGUAAAACAAUUUCAGAUUUCAAAAUAAAGCCCAUUUCACUUCC